GUAAACAAUCACCCAUUUCAUUUUUUCUUAUCUAAAAUAUAAAAUAACUAAAAAUUAUGCAAUUUUAUUCAAUUUUUCGAUAGAAACAGGUUUAAUUUUGCUAAAAGUUGAAACUAGGAAUCCAUUAGCGAUGACUACAAGUGAAAUUGUUCAUUUAUUCAGUGAACUCUAACGAUGUUUUGUUGAUGCAACGUUGACCGAUUUCAGACGUUUAGAUUUGAACGUUGGCAAUUCUCGGUUUCAUGGAGAAAAGAAAUCCUAAUAAAAUGAACAAGUCGUCGAAUGCCGAAGAGAGUUCGAAGAAAGUCGUGCAGCAUUGUAAAACGCUGAAAAGUUUAUUGGAGGUGCUACCUCUUCCGUGUCCGCCUCGAAACCAAAUAUUAGAAAUAUUGAAGACGAAUGUUCAACUAUUAUCUGCCUUUAUAGAGCAGCAAGGACAUCUGAACCGGCAAAAGGGCUUUAGUAAUCAACAGAAGUCUACGAGUUACCAAAGUGAUGUGACCGACGCAAACACAGCGUUAACCUCGGCAGUUUCUUCGUUCGCGUCUCAAUUAUCAUACGAUGCGUUAAACGAUUAUUCAAGAAUUCUUAAUGCAAUUAGCAAAACCGAUCCACAAAGCGGUGCUGUUCAAGCACAUAAUGGAUCUUCGACACAGCUUCAGUCAUUAUCCACGGACGCAGCUCGACUGCCUACACCUCCAUGGCUGAAAUCUGCACCAUGGCAGGCAUCUCUACCGACAGACGAGGGCGACGUUGUUCCUCCGGCUCCGAUAAUCAGUGAUGUGAAAAGGCAACGUGUCGCAGCUCCUGACGGCUCGAGAGGUGAAAAUAGUAUCAAGCAAAUGCAAACUGCCAAUCUCAUUCUGAGUAGUGGCAACGGUGGCGGUAAUAUGGCGGUUCAGGUUUCGUUCACGUCAGCAGUGCCUGUGCCUGUGGUGGUAUCGCCAGAUAAAAGUCAAAGUCAAAGUCACUAUCAGCAUCCUCAUCCAUACCAACGUCGUCCCGGCCUACAACAGCAAAGUGGCGCUCCGGCUCCGGCACUCGAAAGAUCUCUGCCACCUAGCAAAAAUUCCAUCAAGAAACAACAACAACAACGUAGUAUCACAGAAACAAAAGUUGUACAGUCGGAUACAGAUAACAACUGUGUGGUCGCCGUGGCUCAACAAGAUUACUCCGAAUUUAUUUUAUAUUAAUCAAGCAGCAAGUGUGUAUAUAUCGACAGUAUGAUGAAUUUCGGUAACAUUAAAGAAUAUAUAAGUUGUUUCUUAUUGCAAUGUA